UGGCUUGUUGCUUGCUUUGCUCGUGGGGAGGGAACUGCGUUGGAUGCUGGAGCCGAGGGGCCGUGGCCGGGCGUGGCCGGGCUGCGGGGCGGCUCCUGGCUGCGGUUGCUCCGGCUGCGGGGUCAGCUCUUCCUCGGGGCAAAACCCGCCUGGUUUGGGUCGGCCAGCGCCAUGGGGCACCUUCUGCCAUGGGGGCUGCAGUGCCCUGUGGCUCCAGAGUGUAGGUGCCUGAGAUGUCACUGAGAGCUGAAAGCCAUGCAGCUACAUCGACGCUGAAGAAGAUUGCUACAGACAUGAACAACAUCAUUGAGAGCCUGGACACCAGGGAGCUCCACUUUGAAGGAGAGGAGGUUGACUCAGAGGUGCUAAAUGACCCAAAAGGCACAGUGUGCAUCCCCUUCUCUGCCAUCUAUCACACCCAUGGGUUCAAGGAGCCGGGCGCGCAGACGUACCUCGCGGGAUGUCCUGUUCGAGUGCGCGUGUUGGAAGUUGAGCGCUUUACUUCCACCAAGAAGGUACCAAGCCCCAAUGUUUACACCAUCGAGCUGACCCAUGGAGAGUUCACCUGGCAGGUGAAAAGGAAGUUCAAGCACUUCCAGGAAUUUCACAGGGAGCUGCUGAGGUACAAAGCCUUUGUGCGCAUCCCUAUCCCUACCAGGAGUCACACUGUGAGAAGACAAUCCAUCAAAAGAGGAGAGCCGAGGCAGAUGCCGAGCCUGCCGCACACUGCGGAGAGCACAGUGCGAGAGGAGCACUUCUCCAGCAGGAGGAAACAGCUGGAAGACUACCUGACAAAGAUCCUAAAGAUGCCCAUGUACAGGAACUACCAUGGAACAAUGGAGUUCAUUGGGGUAAACCAACUGUCAUUCAUCCAUGACCUGGGACCAAAGGGCAUAGAAGGAUUCAUCAUGAAGCGCUCCGGGGGCCACCGCAUACCUGGCCUGAACUGCUGCGGCCAAGGAAGGAUGUGCUACCGAUGGUCCAAAAGGUGGCUGGUGGUGAAGGACUCUUUCCUGAUGUACAUGAAGCCAGACACGGGGGCCAUCAGUUUUGUCCUGCUGGUGGAUAAGGAGUUCAACAUUAAGAUAGGCCAGAAAGAAACAGAGACUAAAUAUGGGUUGCAGAUCGACAAUCUCUGUAGGUCGCUGAUUUUGAAGUGUAACAGCUACAGACAUGCCCAGUGGUGGAGGCAGGGCAUAGACGAGUUCGUUCGGAAGCACGGCAAGGACUUCCUGACAGAGCACCGCUUUGGCUCCUACGCCGCCGUGCAGGAGAGCACGCUGGCCAAGUGGUAUGUCAACGCAAAGUGGUACUUCGAAGAUGUUGCAAAUGCCAUGGAAGCAGCUAAGGAAGAAAUUUUCAUCACAGAUUGGUGGCUGAGCCCAGAAAUCUUCAUGAAACGACCUGUUGUGGAAGGCAAUCGCUGGCGGCUGGACUGCAUCCUCAAGCGGAAAGCACAACAAGGAGUGAGAAUUUUUGUUAUGCUCUACAAAGAGGUGGAGCUUGCCCUAGGGAUCAACAGUGAAUACAGCAAGAGGACACUCAUGCGUCUCCAUCCCAACAUUAAGGUGAUGAGGCACCCAGACCACGUGUCCUCCUCCGUGUACCUCUGGGCCCACCACGAGAAGCUGGUCAUCGUUGACCAGUCUGUGGCCUUUGUGGGUGGCAUUGACUUGGCUUAUGGCAGGUGGGACGACGAUGAGCAUCGCCUGACCGAUGUGGGCAGUGUCAAACGCAUGACAGCGGUGAAGUCGGUGUCCGCAACCAACCUGGCAUCAGCAGCAGAGUCAUCUGAACGUGCCCCACUGCAGCCACCAACCCUGUCCCUGGAAAGCCACUUGCUCCCGAGGAAUGCCGAUGAUGCCCCAGACACCUCAAAAAUGAAAGGAGUGGGAAAACCCAAGAAGUUUUCAAGGUUCAGUAUUUACAGGCACCUCCAUAAGCACGGCAUGCACCACGCUGACAGCGUCAGCAGCAUAGACAGUGACUCAAAUAAAGGAUCAGUCCGCAGCUUGAAGACAGGUGUUGGUGAGCUGUUUGGGGAAACCAGGUUCUGGCAUGGCAAAGACUAUUGCAACUUUGUCUUUAAAGACUGGGUUCAGCUGGACAAACCUUUUGCUGACUUCAUUGACAGAUACACCACGCCAAGGAUGCCCUGGCAUGACAUCUCCUCCGUGGUGCACGGCAGGGCAGCGCGGGACGUCGCCCGGCACUUCAUCCAGCGCUGGAACUUCACCAAGAUUAUGAAGCCCAAAUACCGAUCCCUGUCCUACCCGUUCCUGUUGCCAAAAUCUCAGCAGACUGCCAACGAGCUGAAGUAUCAGGUGCCUGAGGCUGUCCAUGCCACAGUUCAGGUUAUCCGUUCCGCUGCUGACUGGUCAGCUGGCAUCAAAUACCACGAGGAGUCCAUCCACAACGCCUACGUCAGCGUGAUCAAGAACAGCAAGCACUACAUCUACAUUGAAAACCAGUUUUUUAUUAGCUGCGCUGAUGACAAAGUUGUCUGGAACAAGAUUGGCGAUGCAAUCGCUCAGAGGAUUCUUAAAGCUCACAGGGAGAACAAGCGGUUCCGAGUGUACGUGGUGAUCCCGCUGCUGCCAGGCUUCGAGGGAGACAUCUCGACAGGCGGCGGGAACGCGCUGCAGGCCAUCAUGCACUUCAACUACAGGACCAUGUGCCGAGGAGAAAACUCAAUCUUGGGCCAGCUAAAGAAUGAGGUUGGAGAUAAGUGGAUAAACUACAUCUCGUUCUGUGGACUUCGAACCUAUGCGGAGUUGGAAGGAAAAUUAGUCACAGAGCUCAUCUAUGUGCACAGCAAACUGCUUAUUGCUGAUGACAACACAGUUAUCAUCGGCUCUGCCAACAUCAACGACCGCAGCAUGCUGGGCAAGCGGGACAGCGAGAUCGCCGUCAUCGUGCAGGACACCGAGACCGAGCCCUCGGUGAUGGACGGGGAGGAGUACAGCGCCGGGAAGUUUGCCCUGUCCCUGCGGCUGCGCUGCUUCAGGGUUGUCCUUGGUGGCUCUGAUCUCAAUCCAGAACACCAGGAUCCUGUCUGUGACAAAUUCUUCAAGGAGGUGUGGAUUUCUACAGCAGCUCGCAACGCCACCAUCUUUGACAAGGUCUUUCGCUGCCUCCCCAGCGACCAGGUGAGCAACCUGAACCAGCUGCGCGAGUUCAUCGCCAAGCCCAAGCUGGCCAACGAUGAUCCUGCCAGAGCAGCAGAGGAACUGAAAAAGAUCCGUGGGUUUUUGGUGCAGUUCCCCUUUCGUUUUCUGGAGGAGGAGUACUUGCUUCCCUCUGUUGGAACAAAGGAGUCCAUGGUACCCAUGGAGGUUUGGACUUAAGAAGGUGCAGACUGCUUUAUGUUUUAAGGUCUAGUUCUCUAGAGACAAGCUGAUGGACAGUAUGGCCUUGCAGGAAGCUUCUUACUGCUAAGGGAGGUGAAGAAGGUCUCCACCAAGCUACUGUGCCCUUCCUAAGGAUUUUGGGGGAGGAACUUGAAGUAAAACGACACUAACAAAGGAGAGGAGCUGAAAGAGUUGGGAAUUAUGGCAAAUGGGAAGCUUAAUCUCUAGAGGAGUUGCUUCUUGAGACGCAUUCUGAGCACCUAAAGGAUGCAGACCACUUGCUAGGACAGGAAACAAAUGCCAGUGGAUGUUGCUGCUGCUGGCAGCUGGGUGUUGUGGUGGCAUACAUGCUGUGAUCCUGCUGUGACUGUGCAGGACUCGUGUGCUGCUACAGCUUUUGCAUAUCCCUGUCCUGGUUUGCCCGAGUCUUCCCAUCUCACCUCCUUGUUCACCCUCAGAGCAUGCCCUGCAGCUCUGGCACUGUCAGGAAGUGCUGCUUGAUGCUGCCUUGGGUUGUCCUGCAGCUUGCCCCAAGUGCAGGUGUUUCACUUCUUGAAUGGAAGAUGACUAACAACAAUCUUGUAUCAGAAUCAACAUUUCAGUUGCUGCUGCCCUCUGGGGAGGGGAAGAACUCUUUCUACCCCAGCUAGAGCAAUCAGCAGUCCUCAUGCAGCAUGGUGAUGCCGAGGUCUUGGCAAAGAGCAGCCUCAGUGGUUAUUUCCAGCUCCUUCAGCUCCAGAGUUUGUUCUCCUUUGGAGACACAGAGCACCUAAGUUUGUUCAAAGGUGUGAAGGGUUUCUCCAGGAGAGGACUGAGGUUUGAACUCCAGCCUUGGAUCUGUGGAGCUGAAGGAUAGCAAGGCGCUGCAUGUAAUGGGACAAACUCAGAACCCAGCAGAGGCCAAGCCCUGCACUCUGUGUCCUCUGUUCAUGCAUUUCCACUGCAGUUAGAAGGCACUUUGCUUUCCAUCUCUUCUUCCUUGUUUAAAAGAAGGGAACUGACACCAUGCUCAAACUGAGCUGAUGUAUUGCUUUGUAAGUGGGGUGAAUGCAAGGAGGGGCAGGAAGCAGUUGUCAAAGCCUUCUUUUUGGUCUCCACAAUCCUGAGCUCAGCCAUGCAGGACAGGUCUUCCUAAGCACAGAUGAAGCUCAGCAUGCCCAAUCCUGGUUUCCAUUUUUGCAAGACAAGUUUCCAAAGCUCUUUUGUCUGGCUGUGCAGUGAAGCAGCAGUUCUGUUCAGCAUGUCUGGGCAAAACACUACUGCUCCCGGGUCAGGACCUCACCUGAUGGGUGCUGUCCUGAGUCUUCACUCCAUCCUCCAUCUUGCAGUGAGCCAUGUCUCCUGCUUUCACAUCCAGCUCCAGCUGCAGUCCCAGGGGACACGCUCACCAGCAGUCUGCAAGGCUGUGUUGAACACUAAGAGAUCAGCGUAACACAGACCUAGAGUUGGAUCUGGAGGCUGAGCUCCUCUGCUGCCACUUGUGUCCAGGGGAAUCCCUUCCCUAGUUGGGUUUAACCCUGUGCCCAGCUCUCCCUACUCAAAAGACCACAAGAACUGAUAUCUACUUAAGUUCACAAGCAAGUUUAUUUUUUUCCUGCUCUGUCUCUUCCAAGUCUCAGUUGUUUUUAACUCUAAAAGAAUUACACAGGUUCCUUAGCUAUCCCCAGAAUGUAGCUGGCACCUGAUUGCCCUCUGUGCCUCCAGACCAUGGGCACCAACUAAUUCUGUACCCAAGUUACAAGUGCAGACAUUCUUCCAGGGCAGCCUGAGUCUCAGCUCCUUCCUCCAGGUUCCACAGUUUGAUGCAGAUCAAAUUACCUAUGAAACUCCUCUCUGGCUGCUGCAUCCAUGCUCUGGUUAGCCUGCUGCAAGUGCAUGUGCAGCAUUUUAAUGCAAUUACCUUUUUUUCCAUAGGGUUGAUGCUUUUAGCUGGCAAGCUGUAAGCAGAUAAAUUUGUCCCCUUGGUGGUUUUAUUUUUCCCCCCUGAAAAAGAAACUGACCUGGGGGUCACCCCCUGCAGAGCCAGAGCAAUGUGUGCCCCUGACAGUUUGCAAUCAAGAAGGAUCAAAGGUGUCUUGUUGCUUUGUGUCAGUGGGAGUUCAUCAGAGCUUUUCCCUCCUGGUAUGUUUUUAGCUGGUUUAGUUUGAACAAAGCUGCUAACUUUGAACAAUUACAGCCUGUCAGAGAAUCAUUUUAAGUCAUACAGAUCUGUAUUUGUAGUUGAAAUGAAAGCAUUCAACCCUGCCACCCAUACAUGUGAACCUUGAAGUUCUCCAGAACUUCUUGUCAUCUUCUAAGUGCUCUUAUUGUCCCUGUCCUCAUGUGAGCAAAGAUCAUUGUAAUUGUUAUCUUUACAUUGUCUUUUAAGAAAGGUAGGAAGCUAAUUGAAGCUUUCUAACUCCAGCAAUGUUAAGUCCCUCUCUGCCAGACUGCUUGGGGAAAAACCACCCAGGUUCUGCACCACUCAACCCACCUCGUGAUGGCUUCUGGUCCCAAGUGACACAGCAGAGCCACGGAGAAGAAAUGUCAUUGACUGAUGCUGUAUGAACAGGUGCUAAUUAAAAAGGUCUGUCUUUAUUAGAGUAGUAGAUGGGCUUUGUGCUGGCUGUUUGGGUUUUUUUGGGAGUGGGGAGCAUUUCUUGGUGGGAAUGGAGGAGUUGCACUGAGCUUCCCUUCCCUGUGUUGGUGCUAGAUUCCUGGUAGCAGGAAUUUAGCCUUGGCAUAGUACAAGGGUCCUGCAUCCCGAGAGGCAUGUGGGCCCACCAGACUUGCCCCCAUGGAGGCAGCACUGCUCACCUCACACAGAUGAUGGGGCUGCAGCCAUGGCCAGCACAGGCAGCGCUGAUCAGAACUAGCUCCUCAGGUGGGGCAGCAAGAGGUUUAUUUCUUAUAUUAAGAAGCCUGUGAGGUUGAACACCUUGAGAGAUUUCUGCACCUAAACAAUCACCACUAUUUAGUCUGUAACUUCAGCAUGGCCUUACUUUUCGUCCCUUCCAGCUGGAGAGAGUCACUCUCUGAUGUACAGAACAAGCAGUGUGGAUUCAGCACUGGCAAGCCCAGAAACAUCAGCUGUUUCACAUGGCAUUUAUUUAUCAGAACUACUUCCAGACUCAGACUUUAUUUUGUAGUUCAGCCUGAGCAGAACACUUUAUUUUUCUUUAAUUUAUUCCUUAACAUGUUCCACUUUGAGAACUCUCACUCCUUACUGUAUCCUUUGAACAGGCUGGUGUUUUUAAAUUACAUGUUUUGUUGUCUAGAUGUUGGGCUGGAUAAAUGUUUCAUGUGAAUCUAAUGCAUGGGUUAAAAAGGGAGGGAUAAAAUCUCAUCAUAUGUUAGAACCUGACUGGAAAACUAAUUUCUAGGAGAGCUAGUCUAGUGCUCCAUGGCAGAUGCAAAGUGCUUGGCUCAGUUUCUGGUCCCUUGGUCUCAGUUUUGUCACCUGACUUGCUGUGACCUUUCGCUGGAUGAAACCCCAAACGCUUUCUUUUCCUUCCUUUUGAUCAGGUUUCACAACAUGAUUUUGUAAUCCUGGUGCUGUCCCUGUGGGAGGCCUGAGUGCAGGUUUUGCCUAGCUGCUGGGACCCUGAGAUGAAUAAUUCACCAUAUCAUUAUUCCUUCCAGGGAAGCGUCCCUGUACAAUCAAGCUCAGCUGUGGUUUGCUUUUGUUAUGUCAGUGUAACAGAUUGCCUGUGUGCUUAUUAGGCUGCUCAGAGGUUUGUAAGCUGUGCACAGAGGGUUGCAUUUGUGUGGACACUUUAAGUGAGUGGUCCUUCAGGUUCGUUUUCUCCUGCUCCUGACCCAAAUUCACACUGGUCUAAAUUGAUGGCACUACCCUGGCUUAGCUGGCAGAAAGGACUUGGUCUGUGAGAUGUAGUGAUGACCUGUGUGAGGAAAGCCUGUGGGCCGGGUGUCGAGGUAGAGGUUGGCACCUCCUGGGUGGCUCACAGGAUGUGAAUACCCUUUCACAUUUCGUGGCACUUGUUCUGCAAGUUGUUUCCAACAAGCAGCCCCUUCUGCACAGCUGAGCUCCUGCUGGAACCAGGAGCUCUGCAGAACUGAGGUAGAAGCUGAGAGUGUAACUCCAUGGCAGCGAAUCCAGUUCAGCAUGCAAAGCUAAAGGUGUACUGAAGUGGAGCAGCCCCACAUGCUGCACUGACUACUGAAUGCAGUGAUCCUCUUGAGGUUUGUCUUCUUUUCUGUGUCCCUGCCUGCUUGCUUUGUGUAUACUCCAAUAUUUCUGCUUACUCUAUUUUUAAUCUCUUGGUGUUCUCAGAAAACCUCCUCUGUGUAAGUAAUUCCAACUUACCUCUUUCCUGACUCUCUGGGAACAAGACAGUGUUGAAAGGCACAGUUCUGAGAAUUCUUUCUCUCUUUCUGUAUCGUGUCUUUAGCCAAACUAAUCAACAAAAGGAGAGCUUCCACUCGGGAUGUGACUGCCAGUCUCUGUGUCUCCGCCGUCUGGCGGUGCAGUUGUGAACACUGAGUAUCCCUUCUGUGAAGGCUGCUGGAAUCGAGUUUUGUAUCCUUGUUUCUGCUAACUGACUGCUUUCCUUUCCACUCCAUUUGUACCUGGUAAAUGAAUGUGCAUUAAUGGACUGAAAAUACAACUUAUCAUCACGUCAAAA